AUGAGUAAAAAAAGUUCAUCAAAUUUGAAUAAUGGAAAUACCUCAAUUUUUAAGGAAAAUUCAUUUUUGACAAUAAAUUCACCCGCAACAAGGUGGUUUGAUUGGUUGAGUAAUUCUCAAUUAGAAAAAUGGUCAACUUUGUUAAGCUUAAUCUUUGGAAUUUAUAUAAAAUGGACUGUAGGUUUAAAUCCAUACUCAGGUUACAAUACUCCACCAAUAUAUGGAGAUUUUGAAGCACAAAGACAUUGGAUGGAGUUGACAUUAAAUGUUCCAAUUAAACAGUGGUAUUAUUAUGACACAGAAUGGUGGGGCCUUGAUUAUCCUCCACUGACAGCAUAUGUAAGUUGGAUUUGUGGCAAAAUAGGAUAUUUAAUUAACCCUGAAUGGGUUGAACUAGAUGAAUCUCGUGGUUAUGAAAGUACAGAACUUAAAAUAUUUAUGAGAUCAAGUGUGUUAAUCCUAGAAUAUCUGAUAUUUAUACCUUCAGUUUUAGUAUUUGUAAAUUGGUGGUUUGUUGAUUCAUGGAAGAAGAAAGAAAAUGUAUUAAGACAAAUGGGCUUAACAGUAAUUAUAACAUUUAGUGUGAUGUUUUUUCCAUUCUUAGAUUCACUUGAUCAGAUUACACAAGUGAUUUGGCGUAUUUUCCCUUUAUAUCGUGGAUUAUAUGAAGAUAAAGUUGCCAACAUUUGGUGUUCUAUAAAUGUGAUUAUUAAAUUACGUGAAUUGUUUGAAAUCUAUGUAUUAACAAAGUUGAGCCUUUUAACAACUCUUAUAGCUAUUUUACCAACUUGUUUUUACAUUGGAAUAACAACUGAUAAACAUCAACUUGUAUAUAGCUUAGCAAAUUGUUCUUUAGCCUUUUUUUUGUUUUCUUUUCAGGUACAUGAGAAAUCAAUAUUAUUACCAGCAUUGCCCAUCACCUUAUUAAUCAUGGAUGAACCAUUUUGGAGCCCUUUGUUUAUUAAUGUUGCAACGUUUAGGUAA